GCCUUUUCAUCAUAAGGUUUGCUUAUCGCGAACUAAAAUUCAAUUUUACAAUAAGUCAUUUAAUGAAUCUCACAAAGUUAUCCACAACUAAAACCGUGAUAAGAAUUUAUAAAUGGGGUAUAUUACCCGAUGGUUUAAGUUUUAAAACGAUUUUAAAUGAAUACAAUAAAAAAUGAUAAAGACCUUUUCCAAAGUAAAAAACCGCAAUAGAAUCUCCAAUGCUUAUAUCGUCAUGUCGUUGUUGAAUGAAGAUCGCAAGUUAAAACAUCUCUUCGAUGGAUCUGACUGGAAUGUGUAUGAAUUAAAGAUACUGAACUUAGGGGUCGGUGCACCGGGAACCGAUUUGUUGCAGCACUGUGCAGAUAUUUUUCGACAGGCUACCGAACAUCGAUUGAAAAUUGAUAACGAACGCAAUUCUUCGAUGUUAUUUCAAUAUGGACCGACAUCAGGGACAUAUGAAGCCAGGUUUCAGAUUGCAAAAUAUUUUUCACAAAUGUACAAAAGCGAAGUGAAAUGUGAAGAUCUAAUAGUUACAAGUGGAGCAACUCAAGGAUUACACGUAAUCUUGUCAACAUUAGUCGAUUUGAAUGGGUUCAUAUUCGUGGAUGAAGUUACUUAUAUGCUGGCAUUGGACAGCAUAAAACAGUUCCACACGCUCACAAUCAUACCAAUUAAGUUAAAUAAUGAUGGUGUCGAUUUGGACGAUUUGGAAGAGCAAUUGAAAGAGAACUUGUUUAAAACAACUAAAAAGGAAUUUUGGGGCAUGUAUUAUACAAUACCAACCUAUCAUAAUCCAACGGGAAUUCUUUUCUCUUCGGACACCUGUAAAGGUUUGGUGAAGUUGGCGCGAAAAUAUGACAUUCUGAUAACAUGCGACGAUGUUUACAAUAUUCUGUACUAUAAUGAUACAAAAGUUCCAAAACGUCUUUUUGAUUACGAUAACAAAAGCGACAAAGACUAUAGAGGUCAUAUUAUUUCAAAUGGAAGUUUCUCAAAAAUUCUUGGUCCCGGUGUUCGCCUGGGUUGGUUGGAAUUGCCAAAGCGAAUGAAAAAAGUCCUAGAUAGUUGUGGUAUUAUUAAUAGCGGGGGAUGUUUGAACAAUUACACCUCGGGUAUAGUAGCCAGUUUAUUUGAGUUGGGUUUAGCUCAGACUUACAUACAACGUAUGUAUGCAGCCUACAAAGAACGUAUGCUGGCCACUUGUGCUAUUUUGGAAAAAGAACUGCCCGAGAGUUGCAAAUUGGUCAUUCCCGAAGGAGGAUAUUUCAUAUGGAUCACUUUGGAUGGUAAUUGCUGUGCAUCAGAAUUCCUUAAAUUUUGUAUGGAAGAAGAGCAAAUAUUUUUCAUCGUUGGUUCACGAUUUGCUGUGGCAUCAGACAAAGCUUCAAAUUGUCUUAGACUAUCCAUUGCCUUUCAUAGCAAAGAGAAGCUAGAGGAUGCUGCUAGAAGAUUUUGUUUGUGCCUUAAGAAAUUUUUGAAAAAAUAAUUUGUAAAUUUAAUGCCAAACAAGUAAAUAAAUCUUCACAUUUUAUUAAGCAUUAA